AUGGAAGCCCAAUUUGAAGAUUUUGAGCCAUUCCUUGAUGGAGAAUCAUACACUUCCCAAAAUGUUCAAAGUAUGAGUUGUUGUGAAGAAGCACCAGUUCCUAAAAAGAGACGGCUAGCUGGCUUCAAUCGUGGAGGUAACUUCUCAAUUGAGGAGGAUAAAAAUAUCGUCUUAGCUUGGCUAAAUACAAGCAUAGACUCAGUGCAAGGUACAGAUCAAAAGGCCAAGACGUUUUUGCAAAGAAUUGGAGCAACAUACAAUGCGAAUAAAGGCCCUAAUCAUAUCGAGCGAACGGACCGAUCCUUAAGUAGCCGAUGGGGAGCCAUUCAACUUGCUAUACAAAUGGCUAAAGAAAUGUACCAUGAGAUGACAAAUACACACUUCGUGUUUGAUCAUUGCUGGAAUUUAUUGAGGAAUCAACCAAAGUGGAACUUGCAUAUAGGACAAUCUUCAUCAAAAAGAAAACAACCUGGUGGCAGCUCAAACAAGGUCCAUGAUACAAUAAAUUUGGAUGAUGAUAAGAUCUCAGGAUCUUUUUCUGUUGAUCUAGAGAGACCAAUUGGUCUAAAUGCUGAAAAAGAUCGACGGAAGAAAGGGAAGGUAGAUCACAAAGACCUUACGGAGAUCGUAGAACAAUUGACAAUCAAUAAAAAACAAGAGCACGUAGAGAGAAUGACAUGGGCUGAAGUUGAGAGGAUUAGAGUUGAAAAAGAGUGGCAAGAUCAUUUAGCCAUGGAAAAUGAGAGGCUUAGAGUUGAGAAACUCAGAGCAGAGGCUGAGAUACAGAGAGCAGAAGCUGAGAAACAUAGGGCAUGUGCAAAGAUGGAGAAGGUGGAGCAACAAAAGAAGGAGAAGGAAUUUCAGAUAAUGAUGACUGAUAUGAGUACGCUAAAUGAGAUGCAGCGUGAAUACGUGAAAUCAUUGCAGUCUGAGAUCAUCACUAAACGUCAAAACUGA